ACGUGACCGGAAGUGAUAGUUGCAAGAUGGCGGCGCAAGUGGAGUUGUUGUGCCUGGCGAGUUUCCCACCUGACGUCAGUCCAUUGGACGUUCUGCUGUCGAAGUCUCAACUGAGUUCCUUCUUCCACGACGACCAGGACCCCCCGACACUCCUCUUCACCCCGCGGCGGCCCGCCCCGAGCCGCACGCCCGCCAUUCUCGUGCGCGUCCAGGCGCUCAGCGAGAAGGAGGCGACGGGCAGCGGGGGAAGCCACGUCCCGCAGGGCCGAGUGAGGCUCUUCGCCAGCGGCUUCUUCUUGCGUCGACACGGCCUCCGGGCGGCGGGGAGUGGCGGUACGGUGAGGCCCGUGGUGCCUGUGAGCAUUGACCGUGUGGUACUGGGAGCCCGCAGCAGACCUUGCCUGGACCGGGACAAUGUGGUCAGACUCACCGCUAACCUGCUGGAGCUGUGCCGGCCUGGACGCUGUCUGCUGGCCCGGCAAGGAGAGCCGCUGGUCGAGGAGGAGUCAGGACAGGUGGAGCUGCUGGUGUUGGCCUGCAGUCCAGUCACACAGGGUCGCAUCACCGCAGACACCUCCGUGGUUCUGGCGGACUGCCAGGAUUGGUGGGACCCGCCCCUUUACGAGGCCCCGCCCCCCAGGAGUCUCCAGCUGUGCGCCUCAGGCUUUGCUCACGAUGCCGCUAGCCUGGGAGGGGGCGGGUCUCUCCUGGACAACUCCGGGUCCCGCGGCGUCCUGUUGGAGCAGGAGUGGCGGCUGGACGCCAGCGUGAGGGACGGCGGGCGAUGGCUGCGGGCGUACGACGGUCGCCUUGGCGACUUGGACGCCGGCUUGUUUGUCAGCAGACAUGUGCUGAUCAAGUUAGGACUGUUUGAUGGAGAGUGGGUCAGGCUGUGCUUAGCGGGCCGACCCGAUAGGUGGCGUGCGGCGGUCGUGACGACACUGGACGCUAGAGACACGCCAGGUGACCAUCAGGACGGCAGACACACGCCGGGUGACCAUCAGGACGGCAGACACACGCCAGGUGACCAUCAGGACAUCAAACACACGCCAGGUGACCAUCAGGACAUCAAACACACGCCAGGUGACCAUCAGGACGGCAGACACACGCCAGGUGACCAUCAGGACGCCAGACACACGCCAGGUGACCAUCAGGACAUCAAACACACACCAGGUGACCAUCAGGACGCCAGACACACGCCAGGUGACCAUCAGGACGCCAGACACACGCCAGGUGACCAUCAGGACGCCAGACACACGCCAGGUGACCAUCAGGACGCUGUCAUCUCGGAAACCUUUUGGUUCAAUCUGACUGCAGGAGAAGAGCAGACUGUGAGCUGCUGCCGCCUCACAUUGAAGAGGUGGCGGCGACCACAAGAUGGCAGCGCUCCUUCCAAUUCUCCCUGUCGCUCGGCCCGGCCGCCAUUUGCCAGCGAGCUUCACGUCCGGCCGGUGGCGUCGCCGCUCUCCGGGCCGCCGUGUUGCUAUGACGACCUGCUGGCGGCACACUUCAGCAGCAGCAGGCUGGUCUCGCUAGGAGAUGUCCUGGUUGUUCCGUGUCCGGACCUGCUGGACCCUAGCUCGCUCAGGUGCCCUGCGCUGUUCUUCAAGGUGCAGAAGGUGUGUCCUACUGAGACGGACCACCAAAUGGGAGGAGCUUACCUUGCUGAUCGAAUGCACACCUCUCUCUUCAUGGGCCCACCGCUCAACAGCAUGGUGCCGUGGAGCGCUCCGUGUCCUGCGGGCUUGGACCAGACGCUGGACGCCAUCACCCGCGUCCUCCUGCCCCACCGCCACAGUGCUCUGCCGGCCUGCACGCUCCUUCUCCACGGCCCGGCAGGAAGUGGUAAAGUGAGGGCGGUCAGCGCGGCGACCUCCAGGCUCCACCUCCACCUGCUCAAGGUGGACUGUGUGAGCGUGUGCAGCGACACGCCCGCCGCCCUCGAGGUCAAACUGAUGUCGCUCUUCCAGCGGGCGGAUGGCGUGCGGCCCUGUGUCCUCCUGCUCAAGAACUUGCAGCUCCUCCUGCCGCCUCAAGGGGGCGCCCAACAGGACGGCCGGGUGCAGGCGGCGCUGCUCCGCAUGCUGAAGAGCACCGCCCAUGGAGUGUCAGUGGUGGCCACGGUAGUGAGACGUCAGGAGUUGUCUGCAGGCGUCAUGGCGGCCUUUGUCCACCAGGUGGCCAUGGAGAGCCCCAGUGAGGAGCAGCGUGUGUCCAUGCUGACCUCACUAAGUCAAGACCUGGGACUGGCCAGGGAUGUCAGCCUGGAGAGAGUGGCCCAAGUCACCGCUGGCUGGACUCUGGGGGACUUGAGUGCCCUGUUGGCGGAGGCGGGCAGAGCGGCCUGCAGGCGACUUGUCCUCACCUGUCCAGGGCGGCGGGAAGAGGACUUGUGCUCCAGCGGCGUGACCAUCCAAAACCAGGACGUCCUUUCGGCACUGCGCACCUUGCAGGAUGUGCGCUCUGACGCUGUGGGCGCCCCCAAGAUUCCUGACGUGCGCUGGGAAGACGUGGGCGGCCUCCAGCAGGUCAAGAAGGACAUCUUGGACACCGUCCAACUGCCUCUACUACGUCCGGAGCUCUCCUCCCUCAACCUGAACCGGACCGGAAUUCUCCUCUACGGUCCGCCGGGCACCGGAAAAACUCUGCUGGCCAAGGCUGUGGCCACCGAGUGCUCCAUGACGUUCCUCAGUGUGAAAGGUCCAGAACUUCUCAACGCGUACGUGGGCCAGAGCGAGGAGAACAUCAGGACAGUGUUCCACAGAGCGCGCUCGGCGGCGCCCUGCGUGGUCUUCUUUGACGAGCUGGACUCUCUGGCCCCCAGCAGGGGGCGCCAAGGGGACAGUGGCGGGGUGAUGGACAGGGUGGUUUCUCAGCUGCUGGCGGAGAUGGACGCUCUGCCCUGGUCCGCACGGGUCUUUGUGAUCGGCGCCACCAACCGACCCGACCUGCUGGACCCCUCGCUGCUGCGGCCCGGGAGGUUGGACAAGCUGGUCUAUGUGGGGAUGAACCAGGACCGGAGUUCUCAGCUUCAGGUUCUCCAGGCCAUCCUCAGAAACUUCCGUUUGGACCCGGCUGUGGACCUGCUGCAGGUGCUGGACCGCUGCCCUGCCCUCAUGAGCGGCGCCGACCUCUACGCUCUGUGUUCGGACGCCAUGACGGCCGCCAUCAAGAGCAGGAUCUCCCUGGUCCAGCAGGGUGCGUCCAAGGCCCUGGAGGUCUCCCACUUUCUUCAUGUGCUCUUCUUGUGUCCAUCAGGUCUCCAGUCCCAGGAUUCGCCCCUCCGCCUCUCCAUGGACCACUUUGCAGCCGCGCUGGACGCCUUCUGUGCCUCGGUUUCCCAGCAGGAAGUGCUGAGGUACAAACACCUUCAACGUGUGCUGACCUCAGUCGCUACACAACAUGGCACCUGACCACAUGUGUGUGUAUAUAUAUAUAUAUAUA